UAACCUCAUUGCACAUCGUUAUUUCUGAAACAGAACUGGAAGCGUUCGUUACGAUUUUAUAAAUUUAUAUUUUUUUAAAGAAGUACGAUAUGUCCGGACGUGGGAAAGGUGGUAAAGUAAAGGGUAAAGCGAAGUCGCGGUCAAAUAGAGCUGGAUUACAGUUUCCAGUUGGCCGUAUCCAUCGUCUUUUAAGGAAGGGUAAUUAUGCCGAACGUGUUGGAGCCGGAGCGCCAGUAUAUUUGGCGGCAGUAAUGGAAUAUCUAGCUGCUGAAGUUCUCGAAUUGGCCGGAAAUGCAGCUCGCGAUAACAAAAAAACUAGAAUUAUUCCAAGACAUUUACAAUUGGCGAUUCGAAAUGACGAAGAAUUAAAUAAAUUGUUGUCUGGCGUGACUAUUGCUCAGGGUGGUGUCUUGCCGAAUAUACAAGCUGUUUUGCUUCCAAAGAAGACAGAAAAGAAAACAUAAUUAAAAAUUUGCAAACUAAAACGGCCCUUUUUAGGGCCACCAGAUGAAUUUUUUCUUAGGGAAUUAUCUCGUUUGAAUUACGGUAUUAAUGGUUCGUUAUAAACAUUAGUUUAUCUUGUAAAUAUAUACAAAUGUUAAUUUUUAUA